AUGAAACUAGACGAGAAAGGCCCUGCCACUGUAACAGGCAAUGUGGAUGAAAGCUCGACGACCAUGUCACAAUUACAUAAAAUAUCAGAGAGUCCUAUUGCAGUAUCUCCUCCUGCCGUCGCAACGAGACUUCGAGAAUUCGUUUCCACCCCAUUCACUGCUGCUUUCUGCGCCGGUGGUGUAGCGGGAGCAGUUUCCCGCACAGUGGUAUCACCUCUGGAACGUUUGAAGAUUCUAUACCAAGUGCAAAGUGUUGGCCGAAAUGAAUAUAAAAUGUCCGUCGGCAAGGCUUUGGCUAAGAUGUGGAGGGACGAAGGCUGGAGGGGUUUCAUGAGAGGCAACGGCACAAACUGUAUACGCAUCGUGCCCUAUUCAGCCGUACAGUUUGGCUCCUUCAAUCUCUACAAAAGAUUUGUAGAGCACACCACAGGCACAGAUCUGACUUCUCUUGGCCGUUUACUAUGUGGUGGUUGCGCAGGCAUCACAUCCGUCACAUUUACCUAUCCACUCGAUAUUGUGAGGACAAGGUUAUCCAUACAAACGGCCUCCUUCGCGUCAUUGAAGAGAUCAGAAGGAAACCCACCUGGUAUGUGGCCGACCAUGAUGUCAAUGUAUAAAAAUGAGGGUGGUAUGAGGGGAUUGUAUCGUGGUAUCAUUCCUACUGUGGCCGGUGUUGCGCCAUACGUCGGUCUGAAUUUUAUGGUUUACGAAGCGGUAAGAGACUAUUUCACAGCGCCUGGGGAAAAGAACCCUCCCUGGUACCGAAAGCUGGCUGCCGGCGCCAUUUCCGGUGCGAUUGCACAGACUUGCACUUAUCCGUUCGAUGUGCUGCGAAGACGAUUCCAAGUCAACACUAUGGCUGGGAUGGGAUAUCAAUAUACCUCGAUAUGGGGCGCAAUAACGAUGAUUGUCAAGCAAGAAGGAAUUGCUGGUCUAUACAAAGGCAUUAUGCCCAACUUGCUUAAAGUUGCCCCAAGCAUGGCAAGUAGCUGGCUUAGCUUCGAGCUGACCAGAGAUUUCCUGGUUUCGCUGUCGCCAGACGCCGAGGAACCCAUAUUAUGA